UGCCUGCUUCCGGUUUUUCUUUCUUUUCUUUUUUUUUCGGGGGGCUGAAACUGACACAAUGAGUCGGGAGGAACAACGGCCUGAGAUAACACACGGCUUCUGUAGAUAAACACAGGGAUCAGGGGCGAGCCGGGGAACAUGGAGGAUCAGUGCACAGUACAGGUGAAGCUGGAACUGGGCCACCGCGCUCAGCUGCGGAAAAAGGCCACGUCCGAAGGCUUCACGCACGACUGGAUGGUGUUUGUGCGAGGGCCCGAAAACAGCGACAUCCAGCACUUCGUAGACAAAGUCAUCUUCCGCCUGCACGAUAGCUUCCCCAAACCCAAGAGAGUGUGUAAGGAGCCUCCGUAUAAAGUAGAAGAGUCGGGAUAUGCAGGAUUUCUAAUGCCUAUAGAAGUCUACUUUAAAAACAAGGAGGAGCCGAAGAAGGUUCUCUUUAACUACGACCUCUUCCUGAACCUGGAGGGCAACCCGCCUGUCAAUCACCUGCGCUGUGAGAAACUCACCUUCAACAACCCGACCCGAGACUUCCGCAAGAAACUGGUCAGAGCCGGAGGAAUCAUCGUGUUGCCCGAGGGGGCGGAGUUAGUGUCCAGGCCGAGUCCAGACUACCCCAUGCUUCCCACAAUCCCCCUGUCUGCCUUCUCCGACCCCAAGAAGAGCAAAAGCUCCCAAGGCCCCAAGGAGCUCACUAAAGAUAACAGCGGCAUUUCCAAAGCCCCAAAACCUCACAAGCUGGCCAAGGAGCACCGCGAGCGUCCACGGAAAGACUCGGAGAGCAAGAGCUCGUCCAAGGGAGACGCUGAACGAGACAGCAGCAGCAAAGGCGCCCGCGAGCCUUCGUCGUUCUCCUCGUCAUCUUCCUCUUCGAAGAAGCCAGAGAUCAAAGUAAAAGAAGAGAGCAAAGCUCCUCCCAAAGCUGCUUUCAAAGAGCCCAAGCUGACGCUCAAGGAGCCCAAGAUGGAAGGAACGAGUCCUAAAGGAGGAGGUCCGGGUGGAGGAGGUGGUGGAGGAGGAGGAGGAGGUGGUGGUGGCGGCGUAGUGGGAGGGGGAGGGGCCGAGAGCAAAUCGGCGAGCAAGCGCCCUUCGAACGCCGACUCGCCCAAAUCCAGCAUUAAGAAACCCAAAAAGGGAGGCGGAGAAAGUCAAAAAAGUUCGGGGGCCGGGGUUUUUCCAGGCACCUCCCCCCGGGUCUCGUCCUCUUCGUCCUCCUCGUCCAUGGCUCCAGCUGCGGGUUUCGUAGACAAGAAGAGCUCGAAGCAAAGAGGGUGCUGGAUGAAGGGCAAACCCGAGACCCCGGAGGUCAAAGAGCAGAAGAAGCCGCUCGAGUCGGACGAGUCGAACUCUGACGACGAGCUCUCGUCCAAGUCUGAGGUCAGAGCGAGAUCAGCGCUGCAGAUGCAGUCGGCUCCCUCCAGUCCGUCGAACUCCAGCUCCAGUUCGGAGUCCAGCUCUGACUCAGACUUUGAGCCGAAACAGAAACAAGGCCAAGGACCUUUGCGCUCCAUGGUGGAGGACAUGCAGUCUGAGGAGUCUGACGAAGACGACAGCAGCUCGGAUGACGAGACGCCGGUGAAGAACAACCCCCCUAACCGUGACGCCAGGCUAAGUUUAGACAGCGAGAGCGACAGCAGUGACGGACCUCAUCGACCCAGCAGAGACCCGCCGCCCCCUGCGCCCAAACACACCCCCGCCUCCAAUAAUAACAACAACAACAAGGUAACCGGGAGGAAAAGUCCCGACCCGUGUUUGAGGCAGGAGAAGGUUCUGAAGAAGGGAUACGACAAGGUAGGAAGGGCUUACACAGAAGAGUUAGUGGACCUCCAUCGCAGACUAAUGGCACUGAGAGAGCGUAAUGUCCUACAGCAGAUCGUGAACCUGAUUGAGGAAACGGGCCACUUCAAUGUCACCAACACCACCUUCGACUUCGACCUGUUCUCGCUGGACGAGUCGACCGUGCGCAAACUGCAGAGCUACCUCGAGGCCACGGCCACGUGACAGGAAGCGGGGCGGGUCAGAGGGGGGAGGGGCGGAGCUUGCCCUCAUUCUCCGCAUUCGGGCUUGGGGGUAGGCUCGAAGGCGCGGCUGGAGGAAAAAAGAAAAGCGGUGGCGUGAACAGACUCCACAGCGACAUGUCGUGAAGACGAAGCGGCACGGAGAGAGGAUGAGGAGGAGGAGGAAGGGACGACGUGACGGCGUCGGAGCAGCGCUUCCUGUCGACGUGACGAUCUCCUGGGAGCCGUGUGACGUAAAGCACGGUCGUCCUCCCUGCUUUUCAGUUUGCUCAUCAUGCAAACCACAGCCUGCUAAACAGUUACGAGUGUGUGAAGUGUCUGUGUGUGUGUGUGUGUGUGUCCUGUCCUUUUCAUGCUUCCUUCUCUCUUCUUCCUCCAGCACUCGAGCAUUCGUCCUGGAAGUAGCCAUGCUCUCUCACAUCCGGCUCUUUUUCUAAUAUUUUUUUAUUUUUGUACGGAAGUAUUUUUGACAGAGGGAGACGCGAACAAGACGUGAGAGUUGUACGUCGCGAAUGUACGUUUUUGUCGCCUAGGGCUAGCGCUUAGUGCCUUCUACCACCAACCAGCCGACUGGAGCAGGAUCGAAAGCGACGUGUGGCCCUCGGUGUUGCUAACGAAGCACACAAACACACACCUACACACACGUAUACACGCAAACACACACACGCUUACACCUCCUUCCUUUUUUCACAUCUGACACCUGCGAAACUAGUGUUUCCCUCCGACCGCGCCCUCAUUAGACCCGGAGCAUGGCGUCUCCAGGGUUUCCGCCAGUGAGUAUUAACGACUGUGUCUGCCAAGUAGGCCUUUUUUAGAGACUCCUUGAAUAUUGUACAUAGAUGUGUGCAAUGAGUGUGGAAGUAUUCGGGGAUCAUUUUCUUUUUUCUAUUUUUAUUUUAUUUGUUUUCAUCUCGUCAUGUCUGGAUCGUGCUUAAACAAAAGAGAAAGAGACAGAAUGAUUGGACAAAGAUGUGUGAUGCGUAACGGUGAAGUGUGGGCGGAUGUCCAGAGAGGCCGGGCGGUCCUGUGAUAUCAUCUCGCUAUCCAAAAGGAAAAAAAAUAAAUUUAAGAGAGCUAAAUUUUGUUAAUAAUUAAUAAAUGAGUUCCAGCAAAGUGUUGGUGGGUGCCAAAACUUUUGCACCUUCAACUUUGAGCUGCUUGAUGCAUCCUUAUUUAAAUGAGAUAUUUGGAACAAAAAGAAGGAAAGAAAAAACUUUAGUAUUUUACAUAAGCAUCCAUUCAUUUGUUUGUUUUUUGUUAAAUUUUUAAAGUUUCUUAUAAUCUAAUAUUAAUUAAAUUAAGGCGAAUUCCCCCCGCAUCAGCAGAAAAGUCGACCAUAUAGUAUAUAAUGUCAUCGCUAUGGUUACAUCUCACCAGGACCUUUUUGAUCCAUGAUAUCGCUUUUACUUUUAGACUAUAAAUACUGUAUGACGUCCUUUUUUGCAGCAGCAAAGCCUAAAAAAAAAAAAAAAAAUACUGUUUGCUGAUGUCGUCAUGGUUACAACGUUCAAACGUGGUGCUGUGUUAUACUAGACAUCCAUUUGUGUUUAAGGUGUUUUAAAAGACGACCCAGAAAGCUGAUCAAAGGAGACGAGUGUUUUCCAACGUAAGCCGGCGUUGCUGUCUCACGAAUCGCAUCAUGUGACCUAAUAAAAUAUUUAUUUUAACAGUUUUGACUGAGGCUUCAUUAGCACUAGCGAGCAACUGCUGGUUUUCUGCGGACAUCCGUAACAAGGAGCGGCUUUUUAGGGUUUUAUGAAAUUUUACAAAAUGACAGUUAAACACAACAAAACCAAACGAUUGGUUCAAACACUUCGCUGGAUAAUAUGUCGUCUAAAUAUUGUACGCGUUAAGGUUUUUAUGUCUAUUUACUGUUUGUUUAAUGUAUCGAGGCGUUCCGAAUGAUAUUCAAUCAUUUUUAGGAGAAAUUCUCUCCGAUGAGCAUACAUAUCUACUAGCGUUAGCUAGCGUGCUUAAUUUACUAUAAUUUGGCUUUAAACGCUGUAUCUAACGUCACAUAUCAUUCACAUGGCUAGACAGGCACGCUACAUCAGCAACAAGCCCCACCCCUUCUGUCCUGUCCAGCAUUAUGAUGUCGUCCACUGUUUACAUCCACACAUACACACACUGUAGCCACAUACACUGUGGCUACAUUCACAUUAUUCUCACGCCACACUGUUCAAUUCCAGAUUAGUUUUUUUUUUUUUUACACAUCUUUGAUCAGAUUUACAAGUCAUGACGGUUCACGUUCAUAAUUACACGUUUGAUGUUUUCGCAGCUGUUCUGCUGCCAUGAAAUCUCUGCAUAAAGUCGUGUAAAAUCUGAUCUGCCCGUUCUGAUUCAAGUCACAUGACACACGUAUGUAACUCCGAUCCGAUCUGGUGAUGUAAACGUAGCCUUCUAAACUCUACCUUUAUCUCUUACUGUACACCUGAUAGUCUGUGUGUGUAUGUAUGUACGUGUGUGUGUGUGUGUAAUGUAUAUAAUAUACUUUUGCACACACGCUUGUCUGGAAAGUGUGUGACUUUAAACACAGCUUGAGACUGAUAAACGUUUUUUACGCGUCGAGCAGACGAUAGCAGGUGGUUACAUCAUGAUGUGAGGAUAACGAGAUAACGCAGCCUCUCUGGACGUCCACAGCGAAGCCGUUACGCUCACGUCUCCUUUAAGAGCAACGAGAAAUCUUGAGUCAGGGUUUUUUUUUGUUUUGUUAUUUUCUCUUCCUUCGUCGUAGCCGUCGUGUUUGUCUUCUUUAUUCUCCAUGCCCGGCGUCCGGCUUUCUGAUGCUAAUAGCUUUGGGAAGCUCGACAGACCCCCACGCCUUUUCCUUACCCCUGUGUGUGUGCGCGUGUGUGUGUGUGAAUGUGUGUAUGUAUAAAGAGAGAGAUUGCUUGUGUGUGUGUGUGUGUGCACAAAUCAUUCAGUCCUCUAUUGUGCAUGAACUUUUGACUCCCCCAAGUCCGAGUUCAUGAACUCUUUAACUUUUGACCGGACGCUCUGAAUCCUAAAAGGGGCUGGGUCGUGGGAGGGAGGGGGGGGUGUCAGAACUGGGCGGAGCUAUGCACGGUUCAAUCGACGUCCCCCCCACCCCUGUGUAAGAAGUGUGACCCGAGACCCGUCAGCGUGUUUUAUGUCAUGUUAAAUAUUAGGUUUUUUUUGUAUACCUCUGCACUUUUUGGCUGUGGUGACUCGAGUACUUAAUUAUCUGAACUGUAUUUUUAAAGAAAAUUUAUACGAUAUUUACAUGCAAUAUGCUUUUUAAUUUGUUUGUUUUGUUUUCCUCACUAUUAUUUCACCUCGGCAUGUAUGUGACUGCAGGUUAGGCCCUGAGACUGUUAUUUUAUUUUAUUUUAUUUUAUUUUAUUUGGUUUUUAUGUUGGAAUUCUUCCUGCGGCGCCUCAGAAUCCACUACGAGCCUCGAAGAGCAAAACGUUUCCUCGAGUGACGGAGCGUAACGCCGCCACCGCCACACUGUGCACCACUCAUCCAUACCUACACGUGUGAAGGAUGCUAAAGGAGCAUUAAACACUAAUCCUUUUUUUCUUCCCACAUUCACCCGGACUUGACUCUUCUUAAGGAUUCGCAUCGUGGGAUCUGAACUCGCGACCUUCUGAUGUCACUCCGCUUCACGUUCCCAUCUACAUGUACUGUAUAUACAGUUAACAUCCAGGACAUCCUUAUUCUACUCACCAAUCAAUAAUCGUAACGGUUGCUCCUUCCUCUCCGAACGCUCUCGGUGCAUUAUGGGAUAAUAGAGACUGAGAGAGAGUUUUUAUUUUAUUUUAUUUUAUUAUUUUUUUUAUUUCUCGUGCCAGUCAGUGCUUGUAUGUUUUUGUGUUUAAGGAUUAAACACACUUGGACGAUUUAAUUUUAUUUUAUUUUUUAAUAAAAAUAAAACGGCCGCAUGGAACAAA